CUCCGGACUCCCCUUCCGGGAGGUCUGUAUGAUAUUUCUGUAUUGCAUACAACGCACAUGCAUACAUGCAUACCAUUCCAUCCAACCAACUUCUAUCCCUCGAUCAAAAAGUACAAUGCAGUAUGCACGCAGCAUUGUACCCUUUCCCCCUUUGUUUGACUUCAAUGAGGCUAGUACGUAGUUUAGUAAGUAGGGUUGGAGCUAUGUAUAGAUCAUCUUCUUUUUCUUUUCUUUUUUUUAUUGGGCUAGGAAGUACUAUGUACAUGCAUGUAAGGACCGACUACUACUUUCAACUCAAGUGUACUGCUUAGUAUAAAUAGUAUAGAUUUCUUUACGUAUGCA